GAAUAAGUUUAAAAAUAUUCCAAUUUGAACGCUUAGGUUUGCUCAAUAAAUCCUUGGCUCAUAAAAUGGCCUCGAUUCAAUCUCUAAUCUUAUUACUAUUAUUAUCUUGUUGAUGUUAUUAUUAUUAUUAUUAUUAUAAAUUUCUUGGAAUAACAGUUGAACACGCCUUUUUUUUUAAAAGGGGAAAAGGAAAGAAAAAAAGAAUGCCCAAAAAGCUUCUAAUCCAAGAAAAAUUUCAUUAAUUUUUCAAAACCCUGAAAUUUCCCUUCGUCGUCUUUCCUCAUCAAUCUAUCACUCGAUUUGAACAAGCUCAAGGUACUCAAUUUCCAGUUUCCUGAUUUGGGUUACGGAACUUCCAAAAUGGCUGCAAAAAUCCUUGCUAAUUUGAUUGUCAUGGGCUCUACAAUAUUGGCGAGGUCCUUUGUUCAAGCAUAUCGUCAGGCACUGGCGAAUGCAUCUAAAAACGGGGUUGCUCAAGAAGCGGUGCAGAAUAUCAAAAGAGCUAGUAAAACCAUGACUGAAACAGAAGCAAGGCAGAUUCUCGGUGUCACUGAGAAUUCAUCAUGGGAAGAAAUCAUUCAGAGAUAUGAAAACUUGUUUGAGCGAAAUGCCAAAAACGGUAGUUUUUACCUUCAGUCAAAGGUUCAUAGAGCCAAAGAGUGUUUGGAAGCAAUUCACCAACCUAAAGAACCAGAGGAAAAAUAAACAACGUUGUUGUGCUUGUCUAAUGUAUAGCUUUGCUGCAUAGUUGGUUACUUAUAGUCAGUUCCUAGGGUUUUGUUGUGAACAAACUGUAAAUUCUUUCUGAUGGAGGAAGCAAUAUCUCCUAUUGUAACUUGAAUUUCCUAUUCAAGUUUCACGAGCUACACUAUGGUGUUAGACAAACAUUGUAAAAUAGCUUUAGCAUGUAAUAAUAAAGGGCGUUUUUCGUUGUGUUUA